CACCGAAUAACUUUUCAUCAUAUAUAUUACAAAUCAUCCACCGGACCACCACACAAUUCUCCGACACGACAUACAAGACAACACUUGUUUUUUUUAGAGAGAGAGAGAGAGAAGCAGUAGGGUGUUUGAGUGUGUGUGAGAGAGAAAGAGAGAGAAAGAGAAAGUAGGAGAUGGGGGAGGCGAGAAGGGUCGGAGUUGCGAUGGAUUUCUCGGCUUGUAGCAGAGCCGCUGUGAAAUGGGCGGUGGAUAACGUUUUGAAGAAAGGCGAUCAUCUCAUCCUCGUCAACAUUCUCCCUGAAGGCCGUGAAGAAGGAACCGAGAUCCAGCUCUGGGAAGUCACCGGAUCUCCUUUGAUCCCGUUAUCGGAGUUUCGUGAUCCCCAGCUUGUGACCAAGAAAUAUGGGACGAAGCCUGACCCAGAAACACUAGAAAUCGUUAGUUUGGCUGCAACUCAGAAAGAGGUUGAGGUUCUGCUGAAAAUCUUUUGGGGAGAUGCUCGAGAGAAACUAUGUGAAGCGGUUGAUAAUAUCCCGUUAGACUGUCUUAUUGUCGGGAACCGAGGACUUGGCAAGUUAAAGAGGGCUAUUUUGGGCAGUGUGAGCAACUAUGUAGUGAACCAUAGUUCUUGCCCCGUAACUGUCGUGAAGUCGUGAAGCAGGCAGAUGCAUAAGCGGGCCCAUCAAAAGAUAUCAAAUAAUGCCACGUUUCUGCUUUUUUGGUUGUGUUUAUUAAGAAGUCCUUUGUGAUUAUCUUUGUUUCGUUAAUAAAUUUGUAAUGUAGAAUUUCUUUUACUUCGUAUUUAUAUAACCUAUCACUUACCAACCUCCACACAAAAAAAUUGGGAAAAUGGAUCAAAUCUUUUUUUCAAUUUUGUGUAUAUGCUAAAAACGUAAAAUGUAUACAAGUGGAAGCGGUAGGUUUUAUUUGUAUAGAAGGGUUU